AUGGGGCCUUCAGGCUUUCUUGAAGAAGGCAACUUCCCCACCUCUGCCCUGUGCCAUUGGCCUGUGGAGAUCCGCGCUGAUGACCUGUGCACCCCACAGCUCCUAGGGGCCAUGCUGAAGCUGCUGCCACUGGACACCUACGUGGCAAGUCCAGCCACAGUCAUGGAGCUGGUACCCAGUGACCGGGACAGGAGCCUUCACACUCCGAUAUGGAAGGACUACAUGACCCUCCUGUGCCAGGCAGGCUGCACUAAGCCCCUGGAGCCCACGGAGUGGUUCUCGUUUUACGAGCGAGCCAAAAUGGCCUUUGCUGUGGUGGCCACCAGUGAGAUUGCCCACCACGGGAACAUCAUCCUGAAGAAAGGGGUGCUGGCCCCUGAAGACCUGCUCUAGACCUGUGGAUGCCACCCUGUGAGCCCUACAGAGACAAGCCCAGCCCAUCUGCCCCGCCUGGGCCCACAGGGCAGCUGGGGGCUAUGCCUCUGGGUUUUGCCACUGAGCCUAGGGCAUCUCCUGAUCUCUGCUGGAUGGAGUGGCCCGGCUUCCUGUGUGGAGUCUGAACUUAGACCAGAGCUUUGUUCUUUUUUUUUAAAUCGUUUUAUUAGGGGGCCAUACAACUC